GCUCCUGGGUCUCGGCUCACCCUGCUUCACUUGCUGCCCUGUGUCCCCAUUGCUCUCCUUCCUCAAGUAGCUGUGUGCUCAGAACCUGUCUCUGUUUUGUCACUCUGAGGUUUUCUGUUUCUGAGUCUUUCGUUCCCUCUAGCUGUCUCCUGGGUGGCUGGUCUCUUCCUGCCUUGUCUCUUUUCAUGUCUUCCCCUCUCUUGCUUUGUCCCCAUCCCAUUUACCUUCCUCUUCCUCUUCUGCUCCUCCCCCUGAAUUUGAGUUUGGCUUCAAACUCAGAUCCUGCCUCAGCCUCCCAACUGUUGGGAUUAUAGACAGACACCACCCUGCCUUAGUACACAUUUUCAUUCCUUCUGUCUAGCUCCUGUCUCUGGUCCUGUUUGACUCUCUUCUUUCUCUGACUUUGUCUCUGUCUCUGUCCCUGGCGUGCCCUCUGUAACCUCUCCGACCCCUCUUUGCCUCUUGCUUCUAGCAGUCUGUCUCCUUCCAAUGAACUACAGCUGCCGAGCCUGGACCCUGAGCCUGUUUUCUCCUUGCAGCCUUACCACAUGAUGAUCAGGUGGACACUGGUGGUCCUGAUGGUCCUGAUGUUGGAUAGGAUCCUGUUUGUCUCCGGAACCCCUAUCCCCACCUUCCAGCUCCUCCCUCAGAACUAUCUGGAGACAACUCCCAGCUCUGUGGCACCAGAGAGCCCCUCAGGUAGCACCACAGGACCCUCAGCUUCCUGGAGCAACUCUAAAGCCAGCACUUACCUGAACACCCGUGUCAUACUCUCCCUGGAUGUCCCCAUUGGCCUCCUGCGGAUCUUACUGGAACAGGCUCGGAACAAGGCUGCCAGGAAUCAGGCUGCCACUAAUGCCCAAAUACUAGCCAGUGUUGGCCGCCGCUGAGACUGAGAAAGGGGGUCAUAAAGAUGGGGUCACCCUGCAUGAGAAGUUCUGGAGGACAACAACAAAGCUGGACAGUACUACAUCUAAGCCAAGCACAUACCCAGAGAUCACCAUAGUGGACCACUGCCAUAGCUUACAAGUGUCUACAUUGUCUUUAGACAACUUGACCAUCCAUGUCUUGCCAUGCUUCUGUGCCCCUCACCCUCCUCACACUUAAUAUGUUUGGGCAUCUUGAACACGAGCAUGUAUGUUCGAUAUGUAGAAUCUUGUCAUGCCUAGCUGUGUCUGGCAGUCACAGAGCAUCUACAUGCCACCAUGUGAGCUCCAUCAUUAACUGUAAAAGAGAGUCAACACAGCCCCCCCAUGAUGCACCUGAGAGCUAUGCGGGGCCCACAGGCCUGGGCUCCCAUCUGAGGCUACUGCACCAGAGAGUGCUGGAGAAGGUCAUUUGCUUGUUUUGUGGUUUUGUUUUUGUAUUUAAAGACAAUCUUGGGCUGGAGAGAUGGCUCAGCGGUUAUGAGCCCUGGUUGCUCUUCCAGAGGUCCUGAGUUCAAUUCCCAACAACCACAUGGUUGCUUACAACUAUCUGUAAGGGGAUCUGAUGCCCUCUUCUGGCCUGUGGGUGUAUAUGCAGCAGAGCGCUCAGACAAUAAA